AUUAUAGCUUCUUUUCUAAAAAUAAGUUGUUUUGAUUUUCUUUUCAGAAUUUCAAUAUGAAGAGGGAGAGUUCGUUGUAACAGACUCUAUGAAAAAUGCAUUCAAAGAGGACGGUUACACACUUGUCAGAGGGUUGUUUUCUAAGGAAGAGGUAGCACACAUUGAGAAGGCUAUUCUAGCUGGACCCUUUCUAGACCACACAUAUGGGGUUGCCGAUGGUGAUGGUCGUGAGGCCCACAUGAUCCUGUGGAAUCACCCAGGUGUAGAUGUGACAGGCAUGGUGGCUAGGUGUGAAAAGGUAGCCGGAGGCUGUGAACAGCUUCUUGGAGGAGAGGUGUACCACUACCACACCAAACUGAUGAAAAAGCCGGCCAAGAUUGGCGGGAAGCACAUCUGGCACCAGGAUUAUGGGUACUGGUAUAACAACGGAUGUUUGUUCCCUAACAUGAUGACUGUCUUCAUCGCCAUCGAUAAAUGCAAGAAGGAUAACAGUUGCCUGCAGGUACUGAAGUCAUCCCACAAGUGUGGUCGAAUAGAGCAUGUUCGUGUGGGGAACCAGGUUGGGGCGGAUGUGUCACGUGUGGAGGAGAUCAGCAACGUGUGCCCCUUGCAAUUUGUGGAGAUGGAACCAGGCGAUGCUCUAUUUUUCGACUGCAAUCUUCUGCACUGUAGCAGCGCCAAUAUGAGCGAGGACCGCCGCUGGGCCUUUCUCUGCGCCUACAACAGGGUGGAUAACAACCCUACAAAGGAGCACCAUCACCCGAGAUAUACACCACUCGAUAAGGUACCUAACUCUGCUGUUCUGGAAUGCCAAGAGUUCAUGAACAUGGACGGGAAAUGGUUUCAUUCUGUGGAGAAAGAGAAACAAACAUUGGCAUCUGUUUCAACGGAAAAUCGGAAUUAAAAGUGAACUUGUGCCAGAUUCCGCCAUUUUGGAGUGCCAGGAGUUCACGGACAUGACAGGCAAGUGGUUCCACAUGCUUGGUGAUGAGACGAACUGCGAGCGGAAACCAGAAGAUGAUAAAUAAAUACUAUGCAUAUACGCUUGUUGAU